CUUUUUGUAUCCCGCCACCUCUCCCGUCACGUGACCACGCGGGGCGGAAAGAGGAAAUCCGAGGACCCGGCGACGCCCAGAACAGACAAUGAAUGUUUUCAUAGCCUGUGCCACUUCUAUAACCACCUGAUGGGUUCCUGCAGCACAAACAAAAUCAGUUCAUGGAGAACAUGGCGUUACAGUCAAGAAAGAGUUUAAUUGACACAAGGCUGGCCACACCACAUGGGAGUUGGUAUUAUUAGUCAGUCUCCUGGAAGGCUCAGAGAUUAGAGAUAUACAGAUACCAUUGUGCUACAGUUGCCUCCAGUGUUCUGUACAGCCACACGUGGUACAGGUUGAUAGCCUGCGAACAAUAGGCUCCACCAUACAGCACCAGGGCUGCAGUAGGCUGUGCCAUCUAGGUUUGUGAGCCCAUGAUGCUGCCCAAACCUGGGACCUAUUACCUCCCCUGGGAGGUCAGUGCAGGCCAAGUUCCUGAUGGGGGCACACUGAGAACAUUUGGCAGACGGAGGCUCCCUGGUGAAGGCGCGCGUGCUGACCUGCGUGGAGGGGAUGAACCUGCCCUUGUUGGAACAAGCCAUCCGGGAGCAGAGGCUGUACCAGCAGGAGCGGGGCGGCGGCCAGUAGGAAACAGCAGCCCAGCAACACCCCCACCUGCUUCCAAGGCCAAACCCUCUGGAGCUGCGGGAGCCCCAGAGAGCGCAGACGCCUCCCCAGCGACGGCCUUGUCUGGAGCCGAAAGCAGAGGGGCGGAUGGUGAAUCCAGCCCCAUCCCCUACUUUGGGAUUAGCUCAUCAAUGAGAGCCCAGAAAGCAUGCCAUAAAUCCGACAGCCCCACCCGGGGAGACUGCAGGUGGCUGAGUUCGGGUGCCAGCCCGUGCUUGGUGUGGGGCCAUGAAGGGUUCCAGAAGGUCCUAGUGAAUAAAGGCCCAAGGGCCGUGCCCUCGAUGUGUGCUCGUGGUGCAGCGCCGGCGGGGGCCAGGAGGGGGAGCUGCAACCAGGGCUGUGUGCUGCAGCCUCUCAGGGCUUCUGGCAGCUCCGUGGCCAUGGAUGUGUUCCAGAAGGUAGAGAAGAUCGGAGAGGGCACCUACGGGGUGGUGUACAAGGCCAAGAACAGGGAGACAGGGCAGCUGGUGGCCCUGAAGAAGAUCAGACUGGAUUUGGAGAUGGAGGGCGUCCCAAGCACUGCCAUCAGGGAGAUCUCCCUGCUCAAGGAACUGAAGCACCCCAACAUCGUCCAGCUGCUGGACGUGGUGCACAACGAGAGGAAGCUUUAUCUGGUGUUUGAGUUCCUCAGCCAGGACCUGAAGAAGUACAUGGACUCCACCCCAGACUCGGAGCUCCCCCUGCACCUCAUCAAGAGCUACCUCUUCCAGUUGCUGCAGGGGGUGAGUUUCUGCCACUCACAUCGGGUCAUCCACCGAGACCUGAAGCCCCAGAAUCUGCUCAUCAAUGAGUUGGGUGCCAUCAAGCUGGCUGACUUCGGCCUGGCUCGAGCCUUCGGGGUGCCCCUGCGCACCUACACCCACGAGGUGGUGACACUGUGGUAUCGCGCCCCCGAGAUUCUCCUGGGCAGCAAGUUCUAUACCACAGCUGUGGAUAUCUGGAGCAUUGGUUGCAUCUUUGCAGAGAUGGUGACUCGAAAAGCCCUGUUUCCUGGUGACUCUGAGAUUGACCAGCUCUUUCGUAUCUUUCGUAUGCUGGGGACACCCAGCGAAGCCACAUGGCCCGGGGUCACCCAGCUGCCUGACUAUAAGGGCAACUUCCCUAAGUGGACCAGGAAGGGACUGGGAGAGAUUGUGCCCAGUCUGGAGCCAGAGGGCAGGGACCUGCUCAUGCAACUCCUGCAGUAUGACCCCAGCCGGCGGAUCACAGCCAAGACUGCCCUGGCCCACCCGUACUUCUCGUCCCCCGAGCCCUCUCCGGCCGCCCGCCAGUAUGUGCUGCAGCGAUUCUGCCGUUGAGAACAUCAAGACCACACUCAGAUCCUCUCUUGAGCAGCUGCUGCCCCAGCUGCCUCCUACCCAUUGCUGAGAGAGGACGCAUCUGGGGAGAGCAAAGCGCUAAGGAAUUUGGCAUCAGCCUGCAGAGGGCUGAGUCUGGGUUAGUCCUGCCCACAGGUUAGGGAGAUCCUGUGUGUUUUUUGGGUUUGAUGGUGCCGUUUCAAAAUAGAGGCAUGGAUGCUCCAUGCACGAGGGGUCCCCAGGCACUGGAACAACACGUGCCAAGUUGAAGGCAGGGGGCCUGCCAGAGCUGGGUGUACGUGUGCAAGCCCUCGCCUGCCCCGCCUGCAGGGCCAGACCCUGAGGAAAUGGCGCCCCCUGCUGGUCUUUUUGGAUUUAAAAUGUUUGGGGGAAGAGUUGAGUUCCAGUUAAGAGUCCCAAGUUAAACAGGAGGGAAGUGAGGGAGAGGAGAGAGGGCAUUCCCCGGAUCCCAGGAGAGCUGGGCUGUGACUGCACUAAAGAGUCCUUCCUUCACCUGAGAUAUGCUGCUUUUGGUUCGUUUCUGGCUUGACAACAAGAAAUAAAUAUGAUAUGUUCCUGA